AUUUUACUAAUGUACUCCACAGGCAAAAUCGAUAAAUAAUGAAAUCGGAAAAUUGAAGGAUGACAUCCGAAAUUAAAUCAAAUAUUUCAAGCAUAAGGUAUAACAAGAAGUCACAUUCUAGCUCAACGUUAGCAACAAUAAGAGGCACAAAGUCAAAGAAGAAAGGGACUUAAAGAAAACAACGCACACACACACACACACACACACACACAGACGCACACUAAUGCACAUUUUCAUUUUCGACUAUAAAAUUUAUUCGCAUUAAUCGCCGUCAAAGAUAAAAUUAACGAAAGAAUAGACAUGGUCAGGGUCAGGGUCAGGGACAGGGACAGGGACAGGACGAGGGACGGGAUACUUCUAGCCAGGGGACGGCAUGAUAAGGCAACAUUGACACCUUCAGCUGUAACUCAAAUGGGCACGAAUCUACCUGCCGAUACGCUGUUGGCAUUGCUGACAGUGCCAGCGACUAUCUAAUUGUACAGGACCAGACGCUCCUCAGACGUGAUCUGUGUGUGUGUGUGUGUAGGUGUGUGUGUGUGUGAGUGUGUGUAUGCCAGCUAAAGAGCAACAAAUUGGCAGUCUUCUUAGGCAGGACUGUACAUUACCCAGCGAUGCACUUGUCAUCGAAAAGAUGCCCAAAUUCCUUCUGGUUUCUUUAGUUCAUAUUUUUUGCCUAUUUUAAGCGAAAGGUAUCCAAUGUCCCGGCAGGGGAAGAGGUCUUAACAGAGGCGGGGCGGGAACAAAGUGGAGUGAAGCGUAUGCGUGUGUAAUUAAGUGUCGCAAAAAGACGCAGAUAGGAAAUGUACUGGGCGCUAACAUGUGAAGGUAAUCAGAGUCCGAUGGGGUCUGAGUGUAUGCGUGCGUGUGUGUGUGUGUGUGUGUGUGUGUGUAUGUAAAUAGGAAAAGCAUGUUGUUGUGCGCCAUGGUCGGCUAACAGGAUGGAAGCGCCGUGUCCCAUGCCAAGGCUGAGGGUGAUAAAAAUGUUCAUGUAAAUUGCAAAAAACAGUUUUUAUGUCCCAUUGCCGCAUUUUGGGAUGGAGGAGGAGUAAAACGAGACGGGCAGGCGGCUGCGUGUGAAGUGGUGCAAUAUAUUAGACAAGGGCGGUUGGAGCUGAAUGCUCCUCGCCAGUUUGGAUGAGGCUGAUGCUGACGCUUUGGCUGAAUGUUGAGUGGGUGGAUUGUGGGUUGCGUUGCCGCUUUGAAGUGUCGGCAAUGUUGGGCGUAGUUUUGGUUCUAUUUAUAACGCAUCAAUGUUUCUGCCCUUUGUGCCAAACUGAUGCUGUUAGUGAAGAGCAGCGAAUAUUUAACGCAUGCAUGCUACACAACACUACCAGCAAAGCGGUUAAAGUUGCGCAACACUACACAGCAAGUAUGGCCCUUGCUGUCAAAUUAUAACGAGAAGCUGUGUAUGAGAUAUUCGAGCAAAUUAUCAAAUGGGCAUAAGCCAAUCGGAUGUCAUAGAAUCUGGAAAGAUUAUUGCGACCUGUAGGCCCUUCGUUCUUAUCUUGUCCACAAGCUUUCCAGGAUUAUCAUACCAUACGAUAUGGCACUUUUAAUCAAACUGAAGAUUCCGAAUCGGGUGCAGCCGGAUGUGAUACCGCCGCCCGACUCAAUUGGCAUUUACUCAAACAAGAUGCACUACAUGAAGAAGCAUCUGCUCGAUGAGCUGAGCACGAAAAUGUUCGCUCUCGAUUUUAUGCAGCCGGUGGACUCGGAGGCUCUACAGGUACCCACAUACUACACAAUCAUCCAGCGUCCCAUGGACGUGGGCACCAUCAUCAAGCGCGUGCAGAAUCGAUAUUACCACAGCGUGGAUGAGCUGAUAGCCGACUUUAGGCUGGUGAUAAGCAAUUGUUAUACAUUUAAUCGGCCCGAGGAUAUGGUCUAUCGCAAUGGCCAGAAACUGGAGAAGUUUUUUCUUAAGGUGCUGAAGAAACUGCCAGAGGGCCUGGAGGUGGCCUGCAACAGGGAUCCCCGAGCAGUGUGCAGUCCGCGCAGCAGCGAAAAAGCCUCCGCAUUCACGGAGCGCAAGUGCCGCGAGCAGCUGAAGAAGCUGCAAGGUUCCAACACAGAGCAGGCCGAUGCGGAUGCUCGCGACUUCUAUAAGGAGAAGCUGAGUGCGGUUUCAAAGAAGCUGAGCAAACAUCAUUUCAAGACUCUCGAAGACUUCCACUCGCAUUUGGACGUAACCUUUCUGCAAUCGCGGAAUCAGGCAAGGAAAAUUUUCGAGAAUGCAUAUCACGAGACUCUCGAUAGCAUAUCCUAUCACAUGCAGAACAAGGAGCUGAGCCAGCUGUUCUAUGCCCUACAGAAGGACCAAAACGGUUUGAGGAGAGGCCAACAGCAAGGCAAACAGUCCAGGUGGGAGGAUAAUCUAAUGGACGAGCUCGAUGCUACUGUCGAUAGACUUGGCAGUAAGCUGGACUCGUGUCGCCUGGACGAUGAGGAGGAGGAGCCGGAUGAGGAUGAGGAGCAAGAAUAUAUGAAGGAGGAACAACUGAUAGCUGCAGAAGGGGAAGAGGAACGCACCAGCAACAGUCAGGGCCAUAAGCUUAGCUCGUAUAUGAACGGAUGUGGAGCCAAUUUACCUAGCGCCAAGGAGACAAACGAGUCGAUGGACUGCGUCAGCGAGGUGGAACGUCGGGCCAUUCAGCAACAGUUCGUAAUGCUGCCGCUGAACUCAAAAAUCGAGAUAAUGCACAUUAUUGCGCAAACCGAGGACAUAUCCACGGACAACUGUGACCUGCAGUGGUUCGACAUCAAAAACUUUGGCGCCGAGACUUUAAAUCUCAUGAAAAAAGCCAUGCAUCCGCACACCAAGCUCAAUCUGCGCAACAUGAAGCCCGACGAGAAGGAGGACCUGCAGCGCAGCCUCGAAAUGCGACUGCAGAAUAUAAACCAAGCGCUCAACGGCAACCGUCGCAAGUACACGCAUAGAAUGCGUAUUCGCACCGCCAUGCCGGCCAAGAAGAGGCCGCGCUUCUCUGCCCCGAGCACGUCGAAAAAGAAUUCCAGCGGCGCCUCCAGCUUACAGCAGCAGCAGCAGCGACAGCUGCAGUCAGGUGUUGGCUCCUCCAAAUCUGGACUGGGCAGGCAAUUGCAAUCGCAGGACAGCAGUAGCGAAAGCGAUUCAAGCAGCAACAGCGAUUCCAGCAGCAAUAGCGACUCCAGCGACAGCAGCGACUCCUCCAGCGACAGCGGCGAGGAGGCCAAAAAAAGAGGCUCAUUAUAAGAGAAAUGUACACAUUUGCAUUCGAAUUAAAAUAAACUGCCAGAUCCGACAUGCCCGGUCA